CAAAACAUUACCUCGAGUGGAAGCGGGUUGACGAAGCUUUUAAGAAUGGCAGAUAUUCUCAACGGAACCUUGCUCAUUUCGGAAGAUCCUGUCCAGCUGCCACUCAUUGGCAGUCCCUGGCCAGCCUUGACCAUUAUCUCCCUCUAUCUGCUUUUCGUCCUGAAGGUGGGCAGAAAGAUAAUGGAGGACCGAAAGCCUUUCGAUCUUCGAGGAGUGAUCAAGGUCUACAAUAUAUUUCAGAUCCUGUACAACAGCGUAAUUCUUAUAGGCGGACUUCACUUUUUGUUCGUUCUGAAGGCGUACGACCUGAGUUGCAUCAUCACUCUGCCGCUGGAUCACGAGUACAAGAACAGGGAGAGAUUUCUUACCUACGCGUAUUUCAUAAACAAAUUCAUGGAUCUCAUGGAGACGUUCUUCUUCGUGCUGCGAAAGAAGGAUCGGCAGAUAUCGUUUCUGCACGUCAUCCACCAUUUGGUAAUGUCUCUCGGCGGAUACGUCCACAUUACCUACAACGGAUAUGGUGGCACUCUAUUUCCACUGUGCCUUUUGAAUGUGGCGGUGCAUGUGAUCAUGUACUCCUACUACUAUUUGUCCUCCGUCAACAAGGCUGUGCAGUCGAGUCGGUGGAAGAAGUGCAUCACCAUUGUCCAGCUGGUCCAGUUCGUCCUGGUUCUAUCGAACUUCAUCUACACCCUGAGGCAACCCAACUGCAAGGCCUCUCGACGGGUGAUAUAUUUUGGCAUGUCGGUUGCCACGACUUUCAUCCUGAUGUUCACAAACUUUUACAUUCACGCCUACGUACUGACCGGCAAGAAGAAGCCCGAACUGAAAGUCCAAUAAGUCGGGAAGUCCUUUAAAUAAGAUAGUGUUUCGCGAUACCGAGAAACUAAUAAAUAUGUCUUCGAACAGAG